CUCUAAAGGUUCAAGGUUUCUGCCGUACCUUCCAAUGGCUGCCCAGGAGCGCAGCACUCGCCUUGCUGCUGAGCCCUCCGCAGUUCCAGUGGUUGUCCCCGCAUCACGUGUCACAGAGACUCAGAGUGGGUUGGCAGCAACUUUAUCGCAGCCAAGUUGGGUAACCGCGGUUACCCCAGGUCCGACAGGCCCAGCUUCACAAUCCUCCCGUGUGGCAUCUCCUCGGGUUUUGUACCGAGAUGUGUCUCCAGAUCGGAUCGUUUACCGGGAUAGCAGUGCAAUCUCUCCCGCCCUCAGAUCCUGGGUGGAGUGCCUGGUGGACAACCGGGUCGACCAAGCUGUUCGUCAGUUGCAAGAUGGCAACUUUGCAAUUCUUCUCGAGCAAACUCGGAGAGAUGCAAAUGCACUUUCACAAAACACCACCCUGGCUAUGCAGCAGUCUGAAGAGGCUCGGCGACGCCUGGAGUCUCAUGUGCGGUCGCUUGGUGAAGGACAAUCUCGCCUGAUGGCCAUCGUUGAGAAUCUGUCUGGGGAGACCGACCGGCAACAUUCUUCCAGCAGCCAGGCGAAAGCAGAAGCUUUGGCCACGGUGGAGAGGGUGGUGUCGACCGUGGAGGAGCUACGCCGCACCAUGGAACAGGAUGGAGAUGUGGUGACUGCGCGGCUGCGAGAGCAUGGCUUGGCCAUUGAUGAGUUGCGCAGGACCAUGGCCGAGGACUUUGCUCGUCUGCGGGCCACCACGGCAGAUUUACAGCGACAGGGGGCUGAGGCGACCUCUCGGCAGCGUCAAACCCAUGACGAAUUCGCCACCACAGCGGCAUCUGUGGCUGCGAGCCGUCAAGAGCUGGCUGAGUUGGCCCGUUUGGUGCAAAACUUAGACAGAAAAUUGGCAGGUUGGAAGAGUGAGGUGAAGGUGGAAGUCCUUGAUGAAGUGGCGAAAAACGCCACCAAUGAUGGGGACAGAUUGAAACUUGAUGCGUUGCAUAGAGAAAUUUCUCAAAUGGCUGCCACGCGGAUCGAUUUAGAGGCGCGAAUUGAACGGGUCAAGGUCGAGAUGUCGACCAUGGGAAAGACGAAGCCAGAAGUCGAGAACCGUCUCCGUGACAUGGAGCAGACUUUGGCCAGGCGAUUGAAGGAGGUGGAACUUGUUUGUGACAACCUGCGGUCUGAAGUUCAUACAGCUACCUCGGCAAGAGUGGAAAACUUGGAAGUGAGAGCACAGGAAUCUCAACAAAGCUUGUCUCGACGCUUCGAGGCACUACAAGUAGCUGUGGGGGAAGACGUCGAGUCAACCCGACUUGAACUCAAGAAGUUGUCAUCGACACUAAUCAGGCUUGAAGAUCAACACGGCUCUGUCCGGGAAGAGAUCUCAGCAGAGGUUCGUGCAGCCAGAGCUGCCCUGUCUGAUUCUCGCUAUGAUGAAGGGCCUUUGCGGGAAACUUUGCGCUCAGAGUUCAUCCAGAAAGUCAACGAGGUGGGAGGCAGACUAGAACAGCUGGAAUUUGAGCUCACAAGCACCAGGGCCACACGUGAGAGCUUCGAAUAUCGAAUCCGUGAUGCCACCACGGAAGCGCAACAAAAUGUGGAGCGCUUGAAGGCGGAUUUGAACUCCCUACGUGCCAUGGUGAAACAGGAGCAAAGUUCUGUGGCAGCACUGGAUGAACAGCUUUGGAUGACCGACCAACGGCUGGGGCAAAGGAUCGAUGAAGCCCUCGGCCUCCUGGAACGCGAGCGCCUGGCUUCCGUGGCCUUGGCCGAGGCGGUGCGAAAACCCUCGAGCUCGGGACAAGUCUCCCCCAACCGAGCCAAAAGCCCCAGGGGCUUGGCCAUGGCGCGCCGAGCAGCUGAGACUUUCGCGGCUUCAGUGGACGGAGAGGCUUCAGAGCACAGCGCAGCUGGCAGGAGAGGGUCUGGCCUUUCAAUGGCACGAGAGGCGGCAGAGACCUUUGCUGCACAUGGAGGGAUAGCUGCAAGUCGUCUCAGUGACAGGAGGCUGUAGGUGCAGUGAGCACCUGCAAAACGCAGAACUCCGUGCCAAUUCAAUUCAGAGCAAGCUUUCACUCGUCAUGGAUGUGAUUUCGGAUGAAUUUGCAGAUGUAUGGCGGCCCUGUA